AAAAAGGAUAGGAACUAGUUAUGUAAAGACCUUUUCCGUUUUGUGGAAAGCGAACUGUGUAAUUUGUUGCUACUAUUACCGCGCAGUUCGUUAUUGCGCUACGCUGGACCGUAACGCAUCACUUGCGCAACCAUAUUUGUUUUAGGUUUCUUAUGCUUACAUGGGGUGCUAAUAGUCAUGGUCAACUGGGCACAGGUAAUGAAGAAGAUGUUUAUGAACCAUGCAUCAUCAACAUCAGUGAUCCUGUUACGUUAAUCGCAGGUGGUGGUGGACAUUCGUUGAUUGCAAAGGAAAACAUUGUUAUAAGCUGUGGAUCGAAUUCAGCCGAUCAAAUUGGUCGUUCAGAUGACUGUUAUUUGUUUAAACCUAUUCCAUUUUCGUUUGGAUUACCGGUAAACUUAGUUGCAUGUGGUUGGGAUUUUUCUAUCGCAGUACUGAAUGAUGGAUCUGUCUUCGCUUGGGGUUCCAAUGCAUAUGGACAACUGGGUAAAAAGAGUAUCAAAUCAAGCAUAGCUCCUGUUCGUAUUGAUAUAGAGCCUGUUCGUGCAAUAUCUGCUGGUCUGAGACACGUCAUUUGUAUAACAAUUUCUGGAAAACCUAUGGGUUGGGGUUCCAACCGUCGUAAACAACUUUCCAUUGAAAAAACACUUGAAACUGAGUGUCACUGUAGUUCGACGGAGAUAUUCUACCAUCCUAUUCUACUCAACUCAGCUUUGGGAAAUACACAUGACUUCACUGACUGCGCUGCUGGUGCAUAUCAUUCUAUAGUGAAAACUAAAAGAAAUAACUUGGCUUUAUGGGGGGAUACUCGAUUCUUUCAGCUUAAAUCAAGAUUACAAAAUUACUCUUCAAACACUAAGCGAGAAAGUGCAUCCCCGAUCUGGUAUGAUAGUCAAGUAUUCGGUGGCAAUGAAAUAAAACAACUAGUAUGUGGGUGGAGUCAUGUUCUUGUUAGAACUAGUGUUGGUGAAGUUUAUUCUUGGGGUCGAUCAGAUUUGGGACAACUGGGACGAAGUGUUGAUAUUCAAAACAUUAGUGGGUACUCUACUGGUGAAAAGUUCUCGAAUUUUGAUGGACAACCUGCGAGAAUAGUUUUUUCUUCAGAAACCGGUCACAAUGUGGUAAUAAAAAGUGUUGCUUGUGGCUCAGAGCACUCACUAGCUAUCGAUUCAAAUGGACAAUUAUGGGUUUGGGGUUGGAAUGAGCAUGGAAUGUGUGGUAUUGGAAAAGAGUCGAGUUAUGUUGAAAAACCUACAAAUCCUGAAGAAGGUAUCACCUUCAUCUCACAGCCGUACCUUUUGAAGUUAAAGUGUUUUAGUCAAAACUAUGCAGCAAAGCAUAUUGGUUGUGGAUAUGGUCAUUCUAUGGCUUAUGUAGAAUUUACUUAGCGAAAGCUGUUUUCCCUUAUUUAAUUUGUCGUUAUCAACCGUACCUCAGUGAAAAUUUAUAUCCACUUUGUAAAUAUUUUCGUUAGUUGAAUAAAGCUGAAGAUAGGUUUGACCUAUAGAUGUUUAUCUUUUGCUGUCUUUUCAUCUUAUAAAUCCCUUAAUGC